AUCAUGUUCAUGUUCAGAUCUUCGCAACUGUUGCUAUUCUUGUGCGUUUGCACGUUAGAACCACUGACGUCGGUGGCGGAGGGCUUGAAUUCGUGCUGCGAUGAACCCAACUUGAUUCAGAAGAACAAGUGCUGGAAUGAGGUACCGAUAAAUUUGAGCUGUCCGAAGAAGUACCUUCUGGACCCCGAUUUCGACGAGAGCGAGACGUUCAGGCUGUCGAGCAGCGGUGAUCUCAUGUACCGGACGAUAGGUUCUACGAAGGACGUGGUCGUGCCCAAAGAAGAAUUCUGCUUGACGAGUUUGGAGAGCGAGAACGGCUCGAAGGUGGCCAUCAUUUGCAUGAACGCUGAGCAGGAGGAGUCGCUGGCUUCGGAAGAACUAUGGUUCACUUUGAGGGCCAUCUGCGGCUUCAUCUCGGUCAUAUUCCUGUGCAUGACCCUGUUCGUCUACGCGCUCGUUCCGAACCUGAGAGAUCUGCAGGGCAAGUGCAUUAUGCAUGCGAUCGCAUCGCUCGCUUUGUCGCUCUUGUGCUUGGGCAUCAUCCAACUGUUCAGCAAUCUGGAUACGGUGUGGUGUUUGACCUUCGCGUACAUCAACUACUUCGCCUUCAUGACAACCUUCUUCUGGUUGCACGUUACCUCCAUCCACGUAUGGAAGACGGCCACACGACCUCACAUCAUGGGCACUGAUCGGCAAUGGUACAUGAUCUACCUGAUCUACGGCCACGGAAUGCCCAUCGUUUUACUCACGAUGCUCGCCAUCGCCAACCACACGCCCGGGGACCACCUCAAACCGAAUCUGGCGACCGGCCGGUGCUGGUUCAACGGUCAGCACGCAACCUGGGCCUACUUCUACGGUCCCAUCUCGAUACUGCUGUGCAUCAAUCUGGUCCUAUUUCUUCUAUCCAUCAAGGCAGUAUGGCGCGAGACCAAGAACAUCAACGACGCCAAAGUCCGCUCCCUCAAAUUCAAAAUCCGCCUGUACGUAAGGUUGUUCCUCAUCAUGGGACUGCUUUGGUUCUUCGAGGUGAUUUCCGUUGCCCUGAAUAACGUGCACAGAAUCCUGAAUUACGUAUGGGUCGUGACGGAUUACGUGAACGUGCUGCAAGGCGUGCUGAUAUUCCUGCUGCUUGUCGUGUUCAGGAAGAGGGCGUUGCGUGGUCUUGCGAACAAAGGGUUCUACUGUUUCCAAUUUCCCGGCAUGUGGAAGACAUUCGUAGACGAGGAGCAAGUGGACGAAUACGAGCGAGAGGACGAAGUGCAGAUGUCCAACAACGAUCGCAUCUGAUCCGACCAGUAGCGAACAGUAUCAUUAACGUGCCAUAUUAUUAUUAUUAUCAUCCAUUGAAAGAAGAUCUGAUCAAUAUUUAUGUUAAACAUCGUUUACAUAUUAAACGUAUCAUGAAUGUUA